AAAAUCGCGAACAGAAUGAACGACAUGGUGCCCUACGUAAGUUAUUUUCUUUUUAGAAAGAUGUGGAAAAUAAUCAAUAACAUGUUCAGCGAAGAGGCAUAUCUGUGCAGCAGUGAGGAGGUAGCCAUAAGUAUUCUCCGUGCGUACUUUCACAGCACAAGUGUUUUGAGCCAUCAGAAUGAGUUCCUCACAAAUCUGCAAAUUAUUUCAAUUAAAUUUUUGUUGAUGGUACCCCAAACGAGGUUGAUGAAGAGGAGACAGCUAACCUAUUUCUCUCUCAAAAGUUUGCUAUUUUUGAUAAAAAAAAAAAGCAUUCAUGUGUUCCCAUUUGUGGAUGACAUAUCAGGCAGAAGAAACGCAUUCGACCAACGGGUCAACAGCUUCCACUUUGCUUAUUUCUCCUUCGUGUCCACUGUCCGAGAGUACGAAUUGGUAGAAUGGCUAAACCGUCUGCCGCUAAGCCGUGGAGACAAUCCUGCUCUCUUCAUGUUUGUGAAAAUUGUGUACCAGUUUUUUAAGGCAACCAAUGGGGAACAUUACCUGACCCGUUCAGGCAAAAAGGGGAAUAAUUACCUGACCCGUUCAGGCAGAAAGGAGGAUAAUUACCUGACCCGUUCAGGAAGAAAGGAGGGUAAUUGUCUUCCCCGCUCGGGCAAAAAAGGGGGACCCAUUUCGCCACACCUUGCUAAUCACUGCAAAGAAGAAAACGCAGGUGAAGUCAGCGCAGCGGAUAGCCAUCCCAACCGCUCCCAAAUGAACUUCUUACCCAGUUUGGGUCGAGCGCACCGCGACCCGUUUAUUCACAACUUUGUGUGCACCAUGAGGGAGAGUCUUCCCACCGAGAUGUUUCACCCGGACAGCUACCCCAAAUGGGAUCAAACGUUUACACCCGAUUAUGCAUUGGGGGAAAAGCAACACAUGUUGCGGUUAGGAAGUGGAGGAGACCAGCUAGCCAAUCCUCCCCAUAAGGAAAAUUCAGACCAGCGCGAGGAAAAAAAAAGAUCCAGUUGCGAAAAUGACAGCGCGGGUGGAGAAGAGAGGGGGCAAUUCUGCUUCACCAUAACGUUGAGCGGGAGCGACGAUAACGACGAUGGCGAUGAUAGCGGCGUACGUGCCGGAAGCGACGCUAGCGUUGGCAGCGUUGACAGCGUUGACAGCGUUCAUAGCGGUGUACGUGACGGAAGAGACGCCGCGGAAGAACACGUCGCACAGGAUAGCAGUCGACAGCGAAGGGUGGACCUCUUUUUUGAGAGGUUUGUCCAGCUGGCGAAGGAGAACGAACAAGUCAGUGACAUUAACGUGAAGGAUCUGGACAUAACGCUGAAGAUAAGGGCACGGGGCGCGCACAGGGGGGAGCAACAGGAGCAGCAGCAGGAGAAGCGCAUGGAGCGGCACAUGGAACAGAAGCAGGAGCAGCACAUGGAGCAGCAGAAGGAGGAGCCCGAGGCGGAACGAGAGACCCACCCAGCCAGCGAGCGCGCUGGUCAAGCGGAGGGAGAACUAGUCAAAAGGAACCAUCCCAGAAGAGAAAGUAACGCCCCAUCAAAGAGGGAGGACGGAACGUUACUCAACAGUAGGCUACCCACCUCCUACACAGAAGACCAAGCGAAGGAGGACUCAGGAAAAAGCUCACUAAGUGAUGCCAUUAGCGAAAUAAGUAAC